UUGUUUAUAAGUGCUUAAAAAUUAAUAUUAUCUACUUUUACAGAUAAACUUUAUCACAUUGUUAUGUAAAGCUAGCAGCCGUCUCGCGGAAGCCAUUUUCAAACAACAUGGCGGAUGAAAUGUUGUAACUUAGACCCAUGUUUCAAAGAUCAGAUUUCUCUAUUCACCUGAUCAAGAAUGGCAACAAAUCGACCAUUAAGUCGUCAAAAGAAGAGCUACCAGGAACCAGAUAAAGAAAACAAUGUCAUACACAAACGACCACCAUCGGGAGGCAUCCGGCACUUGAACAAUUCUAAUUCAUCUAGUCUUGAAAUCCUUGAAUCAGAAGAGACGUCCAGAAAAAAGGAGCAGUACUGGGACCACAGACAACCCAGCAGUGCCAAACGAGGCAGCCAUGCAGGAUCAGUUCCCCCCAGGCCAGAUUCCACCCUAGUGCGGCGGACACCCACGCCAACCAAACAGAUUUCACUACAGGCAGUCAGGCGGAAAGAAGAAAGAGAGGACCCUCUGGUAGCUGAUGUUGAUUGGAAGGAAAUACAGUCUCAGAGAAGGAACAAGGGGAGGAAGAACGACUCUUUGACAGAAAAGUUCCAGGAGCUAGAUGUUGCAGAUAAAGACCUGACUCCCACAGAGCAAUCUUCCAUAUCUUCCUCACAUUCAUCUAGACAUCACAAUUGUUCACAUCACCAUGAAGAAAAGACAGCUGAAACCAGUGACAGAUCCAGAGAAAUCAAAGAAACAAAAAAAGUCGUCCGAGAGGGGAUGUCAUUUGAGAGUGAGCAAGAUGGGGGAUCGGCAGCUGUCGGUGGGAGGGUGGCCAGUAGUGAUGACAGUGACUCAGACGACUCGGAGGAUGAGGACAAGAAGGCUCCCAAUCAGCUGCUUAUGGAGUUUGUGUCCUGCUUGAUGGAGAAGGAUUAUCUCAAUGCGCAGAAGCUUUGUAAAAUGAUUUUGCUCUAUGAACCUGACAAUGCUGAAGCACUGAAGUUUCAACCAUUGAUUGAUGAAAAAAUAGAACUAGACCAGGAGGAGGAAGAGGCAGGGAGUGCCGAUUCUGAUGAUGAAGGUUGUGAUGAAGAUGGGGAGGACGGGGAAGGUGACAGUGAUGAUGACAGUGAGGACAGUGAUGACGACAGUGACAGUGAUGGUGACUCUAGUGACUCAGAUUCUGAUUCUGAUGACGAUGACGAUGGCGAUGAACAACAGGAAGACAGAUUGGAUUCUGGGAUUGCAUCAGCUGCAGGCUCAGUACACUUUGGCAUGUGAUUGGUCAUAUGAAGGAUUGGAAACAUUUUGCUCAAACUGUUGUGCCUCAAGGCACCUUUUUACACAGGAUUAAAGUAUCUGUUGCUUUGCUUACAUCAUCUAAUGAACUAACAUGUGUAACAUGGAGUUUACUGACUGUUGACUCCAUGAUGAGUGAUCAGCUGUUGUGUGGAGCAUAUUGUCAGUGUGUAUGUAUGUGUGUGCAUUUGGUGCACUUGUCAGGGCACAUGAAGAAAUGGACUGUGACGUAAUUAUAUGUUAUUCAUCCAGUGUAAGUAUUGCACAUAAUAACACUAUUUGUUGCUGUGUAUUGUAUAUGUGGAGAUUUAAUGUCAGUUCAUGUUUGCUGCAACUGAACCAAAACACUACAUAACAUCAGAGACCAAGGGUGAUACGUCUUUAAUAUUAGUAGCAUUUGGUUUCUGAUAAACAUUCCGUCCAAAUAGCAAUUCCAUCCAAAAUUGUUUUUGUUUUUUUAAUUUAAUUUGAAUAUAACUGAACAUACAAAUAAAUUCAAUGUAUGAUA